CUCCCACUUCGUCAGCGCACUCUUUGGGCUCUUUAUUUCGUUCCUUCGAGCUGUUAGCGUCAGAAUUGUUCACACCCGGCGUUUGUUAUGGCAGCAAUUUUGUUAUUUUCAACAACAUUUUGACGGAUUCAGCAUCGUUGUCUAGUGCUUUAUCUGUUCAAAGGGGGAAAACUCGCGUCUCUACUGUCUUGGUUUGUCUUAUGUUAGCUAAUGUUGAGUAAGCUAAUGUUAAAAUCGGUAACAUGUGCUUACGUCAGCAAACGUAAUCAGCAAAUAGCGUCGCCCCUUAAGUUUACAAUUUGAUGGGGUGUUUUCUUUUUAGUUAUCUGGAUGUCGUUUUGGUGGCACUAAACCACGGGCUGUUUUGUAAGCUAAAGGCUAACAGUAGCACUCUUGGUUGAGUUUUGAACAGUUCACUAGUUUACAUCGUCUGCUGGCAAAAUGAUGGACUUCGACAAUAUACUGGACAUCGCCUCGCAAAACCAGGGCCUCGGCAAUGUACAGCAGAAGAGGUACAGUUUACAGACUGGACCACCCAAAAAAGUUCCGAGGACGGGUGGUGUAAAUCCUGCUGCUGUGCAAGCGCUGCUGAAGAAGCAACACAUUGAACAUAAGAAGAAAGAAAUAAAAAUGAAGAAAGAGAAAGAGGAACUACUUGCCAAGAGGGUCGAGCUGAAGUCAGACCGUAAGGCCCGAGCCAUGGCUUCCAGAACUAAGGACAAUUUCAGAGGUUACAAUGGCAUCCCGGUGGUAGAGCUUCCUAAGAAGAGGAGAACAAAACAAGAAAUGGAGGAAGAAAAAUCAAUGAACCAUGAAAGCUUUAGGAAUAACUCUAUUGAUCCAGAGGACGAUGAAGAUAAUUAUGAGUAUGAACAGUCAGAUUCAGAGCCUGAGCAGGAGCCAGAGCCCCUGAGACCUGUGAAAACAACAGGUGGAAGUGGGAGUGGUAGUAGUAAUGGUAAAGCCUCUAAGAAAUCCAGUGGGCCCCCAAAGGGUGCUCCAGCGCCUUUGAACUUUGCAGAGUUAUUGAAAUUAGCGGAGAAGAAGCAAUUUGAGCCAGUUGAGUUAAAACCCAAGUCUGUGAAAAAGGAAGAGAGGCUCCGCACAGCCGAUGAGAUACGGGAACUAGAGAUGGAGCGCAGGGUUAAGAGGCCAGAAAAAGAAAAAUACUCAAAAGCAGAGCAAGAAAGAGAUCGCAAAUCUCAGUUUAGCUCAGGUUCGUCAAGACAAGGCAUUUCAGAGAAAGAGCAGAAGAACUACAAACCACAAAAGAACUCCACAGAAAAGCCAAGUCAGCCCAGUGGGUCAGUAAAGAAGUCAAACCAAAUAAACAACAGCAAUAAAGGCCACUCUUCCUCCAAGCCCUCUGUGAGCGACAGAGACAGAGAGAAACCCAAGAUGUCUCACAGUGACAGAGACAGAUCCAAGACAAGCAUGUCCAGUUCAUCCGGUGCCGUAAACAGUAAAGUUCCUCAGAAAGCCACAUCUUCUCAGGUUUCAGCCAAACAGGGGGGUUCCAAGCCCCCUUUUAGCCACAAAUCCAGCACCUCAAGUGACCUUACCUUUAAAAAGGAAAGCUCGUCAUCCCUUCAUGGAAGAGCUUCAGGUAAUCCUGCGAGCAGGACCCCUGGUCCAGCUAUAACAGGCCAAAAAUCUCAACGUGGAAGCUCCCCACAGACCAGGCCCAGUCAGGGGGGCUCAUCAAAGCAGGGACCUACAUUUGGAGCCAACAGACUUGGAAAGGGAGACCCAGGAAGGCCCGGGAUGAAUUCAGCAGUUAGAUCAAAUGGGAAUCCAGCGACGAGACCUUCAUCAAGCGACCCUCCUAAGGCAGGGAGCCAACAUCAACCAAGACCUGCUGGUGUUUCACAGGCCAGGCCAGGUCCGUCUAGGCAGGGUCACCCUGGAGGUAGUGGAUCCAGACCUCCAGGGAUUGGACCUGGUCGACCUUGUAAUGGAGGACCUGCAAGACCAAAUGGAACCAUGGGAUCAGGACCUGGAAGAUCAAAGUGCACUGUGGUGUCAGAAACCAUCUCUUCCAAGAAUUUUGGAGGCCCCAGACCAGGAGCCCCUCCUCGGCCAGGCAUGCAACAAAGACCUGGGAUGGCACCUAGACCAGGAAUGCCGCCUAGACAAGGAAUGCCUCCAAGACCAGGAAUGCCACCAAGACCUAUGAUGAACAGACCACCAGGUACAAUGUUACCCCCCAUCACCUCUGCUUACAAGAGGAAAUAUGAGGAUGACGAAGACGAGUACGACUCCGAAAUGGACGAUUUUAUUGACGAUGGCGGUGAGGAGCCGGAUCUCAUUUCCAACCACAUUCGGGAGAUCUUUGGCUAUGAUCGAUCCAAAUACAAGGACGAGAGUGACUACGCACUUAAGUUCAUGGAGAGCAGCUGGAGAGAUUUGCAGAAAGAGGAGGCGAGGAGCCUGAAAAUGGCCGUGCAGGAAGAUCUGGAAGAGGAGAAGAGAGAGGAAGAGGAGUUCAAAAGGAAAGAUGUCAAGAGGAAAAAAAAAUCCUGAAGCCUCUUUUCCAUUGGGAUAAAAACAACAACACUUAACUCUUAAAGGAUGCAGCAUUGCGUCCGACAUCUUUCCAUAUGAUGCCUGGAACUGUGUUUGCUUAGGCUUCUGUUCCUCCAAAAAAUAUGCACAAACCAUUUAUGCAUCAAGUUGGACGUGAUGACAGAUCCUCACAUUUCCUGUUCUAGCAUACUUCUCCCCUACUGAAUGCAGGUUUACCCUAUCGACAGUCUCAAUUUCUUAAAGGAGUUGCAAAGAAAACCACAAGUAUGGAAGAGUGUGAUUUUUUUUUUUUUUUAUUUAAAAAAAAAAAAACAAUGACAAACCGUGUCAAUGUGCUGAUAACUAUUUUUGAACAAAAGUUGCAUAUUUUUCCAAACUCUGAUUGUAAAGUCAACAGAAUAUGCAGAAGUUAUGAUCACAUGCUGUGUCGUGUCUUUCUCCUUGACUGAAUUUGAGAAAAAACUGUUACUUAAAGGGUUUUAUUUAAUUGUUCAGUUUCUAUCUAUGCUUUUUCAAGUUUGACAAUCUGUAUUUAAUAUGCAGAACUUGGCGUCUACUGCAGAAAUGAAGACGUUAUUUUGGUUGCAAACUAAGUCAUUGAGAUAUUAUUCUAUUGGCGUUAAAUAGCGUUUAAUAUAAUUUUUAAAGAGUAAUUAAUUUUCUGAAAGUAAUUAAAUGUGUUGUCCAGAAUGUC